AUCUUUAUGUAUACCGCCAAAUCUUGUUCGUCGUGGUCGUCCAUCCUCUGGACCAUCUUCCUCAAUAUAUUAUUGUGCUAAUGAUUCCGAUGAUCGUUCUGUACAUUUAACAUCAACUGGGCGUUCUCUUCAUCCUACUGCUUGGAAACCUGGUGGAGUAGCAAUAUGUCCUACAAAUCGAGAAACGAUUCCAUCAGUGAAUAAACCAUCAUAUAUACCCAAAUUUCAUGAUGAUGAGCAAGUCAAGAUCUACCACAUAUUCUUAUAAUAUGUUUUGCUCCAAGGAAACUACUUAUUUACCAGGUGAUGGAAUUCUACGAUUUUAUAUUCGCGGACGUCCAGUCAAUGUUUAUAUGCCUACGCAAAUUAUGCAUAAUUAUGAUUUGUCAAUUCCAUUGAAAGCACCGGAUACGACGUUGAAAUUGGAAUGGAUUUAUGGUUAUCGUGGGCGAGACUGUCGAAAUAAUUUACAUUAUCUUCCAACUGGAGAGUUAAUUUAUUUUGUUGCAGCUGUUGUAGUAUUGUAUAAUAUUGAAGAGCAAUGUCAAAGACAUUAUUUGGAACAUAAUGAUGAUGUAAAAUGCAUUGCUAUCCAUCCUGAUCGUAUUACUGUGGCUACUGGUCAGUCUGCAGGACAUGAUAAACAGUUUGGAAAACCACAUGUACGAAUUUGGAGUUCAGUCGAUUUGAAAACACUGAAAAUUAUUGGUUUAGGCGAAUUUGAACGUUCAGUUUGUUGUUUGUCUUUUUCAAAAACGGAUAGCGGAGUUAAAUUAUGUGCAGUUGACGAAGCUACAGAUCAUGUAAUUUCAAUAUGGGAUUGGCAAAAAAGUCGCAAAAUAACGGAGACUAAAUGUUCCACAGAACCAAUAACAGCUGUUGAAUUUCAUCCAUUAGAUGAUGCAACCCUUGUAACUGGUGGUAAAGGUCAUUUAGCAUUUUGGACAUUUGAUGGAUGUACACUAAGUAAAAAGAUGGGAAUAUUUGAAAAUGGUAAACAGCCAAUCGAUAAACCGAAAUUUAUACUUUGUUUAACAUUUGCUGAAAAUGGUGAUCUACUGACUGGUGAUUCUGCUGGGAAUAUUAUUGCAUGGAAACGAGGUACAAAUACAGUGAAUCAAAUAUGUCAAGGUGUACAUGAAGGCGGUAUAUUUUCAUUAUGUUUAACAAAUAAUGGACAUCUUAUAUCUGGUGGUGGGAAAGAUCGUCGUUUAGUAUUCUUUGAUGCAGCUCUUAAUCCAACUGGUCAUACUGAAGAAUUAACUGAAUUAUAUGGUGCUGUAAGAACUAUUACACAAGGUCCUGGAGAAUUGUUAAUUAUUGGCACAACAAAGAAUAUGAUACUACAGGCUGGUCCUGGUAUGGAAAUAAGUCCUUUAAUGUUUGGUCAUUCUGAAGAAUUUUGGAGUCUUGCUAAACAUCCACAAGCUCAUCAAUUUUUAACUGGUGGACGUGAUCAUUUAGUAGUUCUGUGGGAUUCAUUAUCAAAGCAAGCUAUUUGGUCAAAAGAAUUCACUGAUGCUAUACAUUGUGCUGCAUUCUAUCCACUUCAAUCAGUUUCAAUAACAAAUGGGACUAUGAGUCCAGUUAAUAAUAAUGAUAAUAAUAAUAUUAAUGAUAAUAAUAUAAUUGAUGAAACAAAUAAUUUAGAUUUCAAUGUAUCAAUGAUGAAUUCACAUGAUUUAUUAGUAGUAUUAGGCACAAGUACAGGACGUUGGUUAGUAUUCAAUUGUUUAAAACAAGAAAUAAUUGCUGCACAUUCCGAUGGACUUGGUGAACAGAUCGAAUGUGUUGCAUAUUCACCUGAUGGAAAUUACUUAGCUCUUGGUUCACGAGAUAAUGUUAUUUAUGUAUAUAAUGUGUUAGAACGUGGCUACAAAUAUAAUCGUGUUGGACGAUGCUGCGGUCAUAGUAGUUUUAUCCUGCAUAUUGAUUGGUCUGUAGAUGGGCGAUUUUUACGUUCUGUAUCAGGAGAUUAUGAAAUACUGUUCUGGACUGCAUUUGAUUGUAGACAAGUUGUCUCACCUAGUACACUACGUGAUUUAGAAUGGGCUAGUCAAACAUGUACACUUGGUUGGGAAGUAGCUGGAAUUUGGCCAUCUGAUUCAGAUGGUACUGAUGUUAAUGCUUGUGAUCAUAGUCCAACUGCUGAUAUUUUAGCUACUGGAGAUGAUUAUGGAAAAGUUAAACUAUUCAAAUAUCCAACUAAUAAACCAAAGCCAUUUACUCGUUCGAAUAGAAUCGUGUCUAAUCAACUUACGAAAAUUAUCCAUAACCAUUCAUUCAUGUGUUUAUUCAUCACACAACAAACCACAUCAUUAUUGACAUCAACCGAUAUUCUAUUUGUUACGUCCUAUAUCCCGUUAAAUAUUGUGUUACGAAAUCGCCAAUGAGAGACUUCUAUGACCUUGUGUUUGUGCUAAAUCAACGAUGUAUCAACAAGCAUUAACAGCCUUGAGUCAACUCUGAGUCCUUAUCGAUCCUUUGUAUGGUAACUUCUCGCCUAACCCAUCCUGUUCAGUUGAGAAUACAGAUAUCAGCCUCCGCUAUAUGAAUCCUAUAUUUCAAAUAUACAUGGUUUAUAUACAAACAGACCAGACCCCAUCACAACAUGAAAUAAAAAAUAAUUAUUAUACAAAAUCAAGCCAAAAGUUCCUGCUGAAUUUCGUGCUUAUAAUGGUCAUUCAAGUCAUGUGACAAAUGUAACAUUUUUAUAUGAUGGAUCUAGAUUAAUAUCUAUUGGGGGCAAAGAUACAGCUGUAUUACAAUGGGAAGUAUGUAUUUAACACAUGAUAUUAUAUGAUAAAUACAUAUUCAUCAUUUAUUUAAUCAGUUUCUUCUUCGUCUUCUUCUUCUUCUUCAGUAUUGUUCAUAGUUAUUAUUCUCAUUUUCUAUUCAUACUCUCAUCAUAUCAUCCAUCUACAUCUCAAUGAUACGUUUGAGGGCAAUAAAAAUAAAAAAGAGUCAUUCUAAUACUGUCUGUAUGGUUUUCUGAUGCCUUCAAAUUGAAAUGUAUUUGUCAUAAUCAUUCAUUAUUCAUAAAGUAUGAUCAUGUCUGUGUGCAAUACAUUUACAAUUACCAGAAGAAUACCAUUUAGUAUAGUUAAUUUAUUGUUAUAGUCGAUAACCUCUCUUCUUAUUAAAAUUAUUAACAUGUUUGUUUUGUUAAUGGUACUAUUUCUCUCCAACCCCCCCCCCAAAAAAAACGCUUGUUUUUCUUUUUUACAAAUAUACCAUAUUAUUAAAUUGUUUAUUGAUUUAUUUAUUGAAAAAAAAUAAUAAACGGCAUCGUUUCCUCGUGAUAAAACAAAGAAAUAUAUACUACUACUGUUUACUCACCUACCUAUCUAUCUAUCUACUUAUCUGCUUACUUACUUGUCUCUUCUCAUACUUAUCGAUGAUUUUUCCUCGUUGCUCACUUUCUCUUUUUUUUCUCUUUCUUAUUUUAUCAUCAUUCGUGACAUUUUGGUUUUGUUAAUUUGAGUAAAAAUGAUUGUCAAUUUUUUGUUUACAUGAAGCGAGUAUUAUUAUUAUUAUUAUUAAAAUCCCUGUAUUUGUGAAGUCGAUUAUUUCUGUUUCCUAAAUUUUUACACUAAUGAUGUUUAUAUGUUAUUAAAAUGGGGGGAAAAAACCUUGGGAAUGUACACAUACACGCACACACACACGCUCAUACACUUACUUACGCCUGUUACUCCCGAUGGAGCAUAGGCCGCCGAUCAGCUCAUACACACACACACACAUAAAUACAUUGGCAGAACUACAUAUUAUACACUAAAUGUGUUGACUGUUAUAUUGACUUCUAUCAAUGUUGACAACAUUCGAUAAAAGAAUGAAACAAAACAAAAAAGGUAAUUAACAAUUUUUUUUUCACAGGUUCUAUUUUGUUUCUUGUCUUUAAAAUUUAAUACAUUUACUGUUUACUAUCUGCAUUCCACUCUAUUUCCUUCUAUUACUUUAUACAGGCAUAUAGAGAUUUGAUUUUAAAUGCAUUCAUUGUUUGUAUUUCUAAUAAUAAUAAUAAUGAUAAUGAGGAGGAGAACGAGAUUUUUCUUUGUGUGGCUUUUUGUUUGUUUUCUUCAUAAGUUCUAAUCUUUCUUCUCUAUCGAUAUUGUGUGUAAAUGGGUGAAUUGUUAUAAAUGAAUGGAGUAUGGUUUUCAGUUCUGUUCCUUCUUCUUCUUCUUCUCUUUGUGGUCAUUGGUUUAUAUACAGAAAGAUGUUUUAAAACAAUUCAUUAUUCUAGUAAUAUUACAUUAAUAUAUAUAUAUAUGUUGUAUUCAUAAAUUAUGGCUAAGAAAAUGUCAUAGUUAGUUUUUCUUGGUGCCUGUGUAUGUACUACUUAAUUUGACUACUAUUUAUCGACACUAUAUAUAUAUAUAGACAGAUAGAUGGAUUUCUUGACUUUAAUUAAUGUUUCCUUCUAUAGUUUAUUUCAUUGUUUGUUCUUGACAUUGUCGACUACAUGUCUUCUUCAUACUAUACAUACACAAAUAGAUAGAUAGAUAGAUCAGGUUUAUGUGGAUCAAUUUCAAUUGUGUUUUCCUCUUUUGAUGUUCAUUGUUCUUUCAUUGAUUAUAACAUUGAAUUUUGAAUUUGUGCAUAAUUUGUUUAAAUAAUGCUCAUUUGAUCUUUU